UAGGAAAAAGUCUGAAUUACCCUCUUUCACAAACAAGAUGAACAGAAACAAAGAAAAGUAGCUUCUUUUAAGAGACAACAAAAUACAGAGGCUAGCCUGCCUCUGUUUUCAUAUUCUGCUUUUUCAAUGGCAAAGUCAAAGAACAAUGCGAAGAAGUUGUGUUACAUCUCAGUUCCUUCUCAGAUUAUAAACUCAAUAUCAUCUUCUUCGUUGCAAUCCCUUAUUGAUUCCCCCAAGAAAUCCUCAAGAAACAACAACAACAGAUUCUUCCUCUUCUUCUUCUCUUUCUUCAGCAUAGGUUCAACAUUCUGCAGAAGACCAAGGCUAUUGUUUCUCACUCUCUUCCUUAUUAGUCUCAUUAGCAUGUUCAAGUUCGGCUUCACCCCGUUUUCAACAUACCCAUGUCCCUUAACAACAACAACAUCAUCACAAAAAUCACACCUCUCACUCCAGAGUCUUCAUCCAAAUUCAAACUUUGGUGUUAUCCUGCAGAGACGAGAAGAAGAAGAAGCACAAGCGCAAGUGCCUAUUGGUGAUGGUGAUGGUGGUGAGUUUUGGAAGCAACCGGAUGGGUUGGGAUACAAGCCAUGUUUGAGUUUCUCAAGAGAUUAUAGAAGAGCGAGUGAAGGGAUUAUGAAGAACAGAAGAAAGUAUCUUAUGGUGGUGGUUUCUGGUGGAAUGAAUCAACAAAGGAACCAGAUUGUUGAUGCUGUUGUUAUUGCUAGGAUUCUGGGUGCUGCUUUGGUUGUUCCCAUUUUGCAAGUUAAUGUGAUUUGGGGUGAUGAAAGUGAAUUCGGUGAUAUAUUUGAUUUGGAGCACUUCAAGAGCGUGCUCUCCGACGACGUGAGAGUGGUUUCGGCGCUGCCGUCGACACAUUUGAUGACGAGGCCGGUGGAAGGAAGCCCUCCGCCUCAUGUUACUCCCACUUGGAUCCGUGCCAGAUAUCACAGAAAGCUCACCAGAGAAGGUGUUCUGCUUUUACGUGGCUUGGAUUCAAGACUUGCGAAGGAUCUUCCUCCAGAUCUUCAGAAACUUAGGUGCAAGGUUGCUUUUCAUGCAUUGAGGUUUGCGAAGGCAGUUGAGGAGCUCGGCGAGAAGAUUGCAGAGCGAAUGGCGAGCAAGGGGCCAUACCUUGCUCUUCAUCUCCGGAUGGAAAAGGAUGUCUGGGUGAGGACUGGAUGCCUUCCUGGAUUGGCUCCUGAGUUUGAUGAAAUUGUAAACAACGAGAGGAUACAGCGGCCGGAGCUCUUGACUGCCAAAUCAAACAUGACUUACCAUGAAAGGAAGAUGGCUGGCCUUUGUCCCUUGAAUGCCAUGGAAGUUACCAGGCUGCUGAAGGGUCUAGGAGCUCCAAGAAAUGCUAGAAUUUAUUGGGCUGGAGGAGAACCAUUGGGUGGAAAAGAAGCAUUGCUUCCAUUAAUCCAAGAGUUUCCUCAUUUUUACAACAAGGAAGAUCUUGCUAAUCCGGCAGAACUAGAACCAUUUGCAAACAAAGCUUCUCUCAUGGCUGCAAUUGAUUACAUAGUUUCUGAGAAGAGUGAUGUUUUCAUGCCUUCUCAUGGAGGAAAUAUGGGGCAUGCAAUUCAGGGUCACCGAGCAUAUGCAGGACACAAGAAAUACAUAACACCAAACAAAAGACACAUGUUACCAUAUUUUCUUAAUUCUUCCCUCUCUGAAGAAGAGUUCAAUAGAAUCAUGAAGGAAUUGCACCAAGAUUCAUUAGGGCAACCAGAACUGAGGACUAUAAAAGCUGGUAGGGAUGUAACCAAGUACCCUAUCCCAGAGUGUAUGUGCAAUAAUGACUCCCAUUAGCACCAAAGAGCCUAUCCUAUCAACAACGGAAGUGAAACCGAUUAGAUCGGCGGUCCGGUCCAGUCCGGUCCGGUUCAAGGUUUAUAACACUGAAGAAGUGGGUUAGCAGAAUGUUUUUGAAUUCCUGAAAAUUUUACACUAAAAACUUAUCUUGGAAUGAUUUUUCAAUAUAAGACCUUCAGGAAUGUGAAAGCAUUUCACUAACUAUAUGUCGCCGAGGAAACUGCUAUAGUAUUCAAAACAAACACUUGUUUUGAAUACUAUGUGCCAUUUUCAAGCACACCUCUACUUGCAGGUGUAUUCACAUUAUUAUCCCUUAAAUAUGCUAAAUUUGUAUGUGAGGCAAAGUAGAUUAUUGUUAUGGUCGAAAAUUUUUUACAUCUUCUUGAAACAUAUUUAAUACAUCUUCUAACAAUUACAAUAACUCAUUUUUAUUAUUAUAAAUGAAAAAUGAGUAAUUGUGAUUGUUUUCUGAGUAAGCAUUAAAUGAAUGUGGGAUGUAUGUAAAAUUUUUCGGUCAUAUUAACUUAAUAAUACACAACACAUAUCAUUCUUUGAUUUUGUUUUAAUUUCUUAAAAAGAGAUUGUAUAGGAUACAUCUCCUCCUCUAUGUAAUUCUUUGAACUACUCCUACAUAAUGAGAUUUGUAUAAAUUA